AUGUUUCUACAUCAAUUUAUUCUAUAUUAUUUUGUGCAUAUUGCCAAGUUAAAAAGUAUAUUAUUUUUGCAUUGUUGGCCGGCUGAUUCACUGCUUCGCUUUGCACAUUUAGCUAGCAGAGAACUGCUGUAUACCCAAUAUCUAAACCUUAAUAGGGAAUACCCACUAAUGGAGCACUUACAAGAUAAACUCAUCGAGCACAAUCUCGUUAAGCUUGGCAUUUACAUGGACAUAAAUUGUAAUCAAACUGCGGAAGUCUUGUUUACGGCCAAUGGGGAGCGUCUGUUUAUAGAACGCUAUCACUGGCUCAUCUACGACCAGGACUUCAGCUGGAGGCAGUUGCAUCAACGUUUUGCAGAGGCGCAGCUUUAUCUUGGCACAGAGUUGACCUAUGUCAAGCCAAGUGCAAAUCUCAACAGCUUUAUACUCUAUGAUCUGUAUAACAAGGGAAAGCAUGUGGGUGGCAAGCUCAAUAUAACAAUUGAUCAGCAAAUUGAUUGCAACGAGCAGCGAUGUUACGUGAAUCGCUAUCUAAGUGAUCUGCAUAAGCGAAGUCGAAUGCAGCAGCGUAAAUUUCUGACUGGUUUAACUUUACGAAUCAAUGCAGUGUUAACCUCCUUGCCGAUCGACACACCAGAAACCGAGAUCAAGAACUUUCUCAGCCGCGAUGAUGAUAUAUAUAAGGAUUCAUUUGCCAGGCUUGGCUACCAAGCCUAUGAGGUGCUCAAGGAAAUGCUGGAUUGCAACUUUAGCUAUAUAUUUCGCGAUCGCUGGUCAGAUUCGGAGUUGUCCGGCGGUCUUAUUGGGGAUAUGCGCAAUGAAACCGUCGAUCUAAGUGCAACUGGUUUCCUUUUUAGCAGUGGACGCACCAAGUACUUUAAGCUCGUGGCCUGGUUUUCCUCAUUUCGAUCGAUGUGCAUGUUCCUCAAUCCAAGAUCGGCUGCCGGUGAGCUACGCCUCUCGGAGUUUCUGCAUCCUUUCAGCUGGACGGUUUGGUUUGUGUUCGCCUCGAUGCUGCUGUCUGCUGGCGUUCUACUCUGGUUUACGUUUAUUCUGGAACGCAAGCUAAAUAACGUAAAUGUUAGACCCUCGCUACUUACCAGCUGCCUGUUGUCCUUUGGUGCUGCCUGUAUUCAGGGCGCCUGGCUGUUGCCGCGCUCCACAGGCGGUCGCAUGGUCUUCUAUGCCGUAAUGCUAACCUGCUUUCUUUUAUAUAAUUAUUAUACAUCAGUUGUGGUGUCCACGCUGUUGGGCAUAGCACCCAAAUCGAACAUUCGAACCAUACAACAGCUCGCGGACAGCAACCUUGAGGUAUCAAUCGAGCCAAGAAUAUACACAAAGGUCUAUGUGGAGACAUCAAGCUAUCCCGAUGUACGUAGUCUAUAUCUGAACAAGGUUGUUAACAGCCAGCGCGAUCCGAAACGCAUUUGGCUGCCGUCGGAGGAGGGUGUCCUAAUGGUGCGCGACAAGCCCGGAUUUGUCUAUAUUGCAGAGGCAGCUAGUUCCUAUGUAUAUGUGCGAAAGCAUUAUCUACCCCACCAGAUCUGCGAGCUAAAUGAAAUUCUGCUGCGUGACGAGACGAACGCCUACACCAUGAUCCUCAAAACCUCCAGCUUUGUGGAACUAAUAAAACUAAGCCAGCUACGUAUGCUGGAAACUGGAGUACAUUUGAAACAUUUUCGCUAUUGGGUGCAAAACAAGCUGCAUUGUUAUCACAGCAAUAGGAACGUAGUUGUGGGCCUGGACUCUGCCGGACCGCUGUUUCUGCUGCUAAUUUGCGGCUAUAUCGUGUGCCUGUUGGUUUUUGGCCUGGAAAUAUUGUGGCACCGACGACAGCAACGAGCUGUGCGUCAUUAA